AUGAAGGUAGAAGGUCAGAGAAGAGAAGAAGAGAAAGAAGAAGGCCUGGCCGCAGAGAGAGAGAGCGAUGAAUCAAACAUCUCGCAGGUCAGCCAUCAGACAUUUGACAGGCGGUUGUUGGCAGACAGCAGACACUGUAUAUUGAUUGAUAUGGUAUUUUUGAACAAUAGGUAUAAAAAAAAAAAAGGGAAACCGACACAAGAAAGAGAUGAAAGAAAGGCGAAGAUGGAGACAGGAGAAGAAGAAGAAGAGGGAAACGCUUGA